AUGGCUCACAACCACGGUUUAGCCCUUUUACUCAUUGCCUUCGUCUUUGCUGCCUCGAACCCAUUAGCCCACAGCCUGCAGUUGAAUGUGACUGGCCUAAACGUAAGCGGGCAGCUCUGCUGCACGCCAACCGGAAACUGCCCCGGACAGGGUGUUUCCGGAGCCCUCAUUAGCCUCAACUGCACGAAUAACCUCGGUGUAACCACCACAGUCGGUCAAAUCACGACAGGCAUUAACGGGACAUUUAACAUUACUGUUCCUGGUUCGACCAGUCUUCUUCGAGGCUUGCCCAAUCUCCCGUGUGUUGCCAGUGCUCAGCUCCCGUUCGACUAUGCGAUUUGCCCCAUGCUUUCCAUGCUUUCCAGCGCUAACCGUGAUCUUGUCGGCAUCGUUACCUUUGUCGACAUAGUUUCAACGACGGCGAUCGAUUUGAUUGGGAAUUUUGUCGUCCGCGAAUUCAUCCUCGUGGAGAACUAA